AAGUUUUAGGUAAAGGUAAUGGCCGAACAUAGCUUCUACGCGGUAGGACAUGGUAAGAAGCCGGGCGUAUAUGAAAAGUGGGCGGAUGUGCAGGAACAGAUAAAAGAUUUCCCUCAACCAGUUUAUAAAAAAUUUGCUACAAAAGAGGAAGCCGAGGAAUAUGUCAAAGUACGACGACCACAAAAAGUUUCAUUGGAAGUGGAUGAGGAAGCGGAUAAAUUUUAUGCAAUUGCUCGAGGGAAAGUUGUAGGAAUAUUUACAGAUUACAAUGAAGUUAAGAACCAUAUAGCCGAUUAUCCUCAGCCGUUAUACAAAAAAUUCGAGAAACUAGAUGAAGCAAAAGCUUAUUAUAAGAAAUACUCGAGUGGAGAAGAGGAUGGUAAUCCAAAAGACUCAAAAGCACAUAGUACACCAGCGGAUAACAAUGAGAAAGAAGUAAAAGAGACGGAAAAUACAGAAGAGAAGAAAGAGCAAACUAACAAAGAGCCAGUAUUCUACGCUGUCGCACACGGCCAUAAAACUGGUAUAUUCAAAACAUGGGAAGAAUGUCUGGAAGCAACGAGGGAUUUCAAAGGUGCCAAUUUCAAGAAGUUCAACAAUGAAGAAGAUGCAAAGUUGUUUGUUGAGAGUGGAAACAUUAAGGAAGCAGAGGGUCGUAAGAGGGCUCAUAGUCCGGAUGAUGUGGCAGAUGAUGUCGAAGAGAAAGCAGCGAAAAAAGAAGCGAAAACAAAUGCCUGAAGAAGAGAGUUCCUGUAUCUUACAUUGGAUUAAUGCGAUUAUUUUAUCCAGAUUUUUUCAGAUAUUAUUUUAUCUCCAGAUACUCCAGAUACUGUUUUGUUGGUAUUUUGUUUAACAAGAGUUUUCCUCGACGAUUGUAAAUGUAGUAAUAAACUUUCUAAUUCUGAAGGCAUGUUUUUUAAACGAGUUCCGUAGUUUAUUGUGUGGAAAUUGGUAACAGAUAAUCCCUGUAAUAUCGCUAAUCUUGUUUCCUGCACCGAUUGGUACACGACUAUAUCUCAAUAUCUUUACUACCGCAACUCUUCUUUUAUGAAUAUAUUUUUUUAUCAGAAAUUAGUCAUUUGUACUUAAACAAGAACUGAUGACCUGUGGCUUUGGUAUUGACUCUUUUCUAUUUUCCUCGACGCAGUUGUGUUUUACCGUUUUCGUCAUUCUGUCUACUUGAUUACAGUAGAACACUCUGCACUUUUCUUCUUGAACAAUUUUCUGUUGAUAUAUCUAUUUGGUGGAAUGUUAAAAAAUUGUUGUAAACGGUAAAUAUUCUGCGAA